AUGGCGCGGUCGCGCUCUUCCGUUCUCUCUUCAAUCCUCCUAUUCCUGACUCUCCCGUCCUUGACCGGAGCUGUCAUCAAUCCCACCCUCGAUGUCAAGGUCGAUCGUAACCCGUCUUACAAACCCAAUGGCCCAGCUGCCUACGCGCAGGCGCUUCGAAAAUGGGGCGCGCCUGUGCCUGUUGAGCUCGAAAAGGCACUGGCGGUGAUGAGCACCCCUCCAGGCCAUGGCGGAACCGGAGAUAUCGCCGUUGACUCAGUACUUCAAGACCGCGAGUAUUUAAGCAGAGUUGGGGUUGGUACACCGCCACAGUGGUUGUGGUUGGAUUUGGACACAGGGUCCGCCGACUUAUGGAUGUACACAUCCGAAACACGCGAGGCGACGCCCAGUAACAGAACAGUAUUCAAGAUUGAAGAGUCGACGACAGCCCAGAGGAUCGAGAACGGUAGCUGGUCCAUUGCCUACGGUGACGGGAGCUCGGCAUACGGCACCCUCUAUCACGACACUGUCACUCUCGGCCCCAACAGCUCCCUUACCGUCCUAAACAGCACUAUUGAAUCCGCCCUCUCGACCUCGGCCUCUCUCUCUUCUGAUCCAAUUCUCGCCGGCAUCCUCGGCCUCUCAUGCUCCCUUAAUAGCAAUGCCUCCCCGAAGCAGCCGGCCUUCCUGUCCGUCUUGCUUUCCCAGUUAGGAGAGCCUGUGUUCACGGUCGACUUGAAGCACUACUCAUCUGAGUUUGAGGCGGAAGGGGCAUAUACAUUUGGGUAUACUGACAAGGGCAGGGUCCUUGAGGGCACUGACAUCUGGUAUACACCACUAUUCGACGCGAGCAAAUUCUGGGAAGUUUCGUACACUGGAAUGCAUGUAGGCGGACAGCAAGAGGGACAUCGGAUAGGAGGCGAUGGCUGGGAUACCGGGUCGCCCUCGGAGUCAAAUUCUUCCUCAGAAUCGGACCCUGAUUUAGACGACGAAGACGGCUCAGACUCCGAGCCCGAUCCUCCUCGUGCAAUCAUCGACACCGGCACAACCCUCAUUCUCGUAACCCCCGAUAAGGUAAAGGCGUAUUACGAUGCCGUCCCAGGUGCCCAGAAGGGGGCCUUUGGCGGGCUCUGGACAUUUCCUUGCCAGCUAAACAGCACCAGCCCUUCCGGCGAAGGUGGGCACCACGCCGGUGGUGAGGGCUGGAAUAUGACGGCGGAUAUGCAUGGGAAAGGAACUGGCGACAAAGGGGGCCACCUUCCACCCCUCAUCAUAACUUUCCCACCCAACGAAAUCACCUCAACCCCCUUCAUAGCCAAGAUCCCCGGCGCGUAUCUCAAUUACUCAACCAUGUGGGAUGACCCUGAGAGUUGCAUGGGCGGCCUACAAGAGUGGCCAAGCGACGACUUUGGAAUUUUCGGCGCCGUCUUUCUCAAGACAGUGUACGCCGUCUUUGACGUCGGACAGGGCCGAGUUGGGUUCGCUCCAAAGGAUUUGGGUGAAUCCGGAAUUUGGUGA